CCCAUCUCUACCUUUUGCCACCACAUAACACGCAACCAUGCUCCUUGCCUGCACAGACUGCAUCUUCUCCGCUUCGAUGCUCAAUCCCAUCUCUCGCAGCUACAAUUCGUUGUCCUGGAGGGGGCCGAGUCAUAACUCACUCAGCCGAGCAAGGAAAAUUCGGCGACUCUGCAUAACGAGUUUGAUCACCAACCCUGAAUCGUUCGAAGUAGGCCGACUCAUUGGCAGCUACGGCUUCAUGAAUGUCACAAGCUAUUCAGGUUUUCAAUCAGGUGCAGAAGUUGAAUUUUCUUCUAGAGCUCUGGGGCAAUUGGGACUUCAGGAUGUGGGAGAAGGCAGUGUAAAAAUCAGACUUUAUGAAGGUAGAAUAGCACAAGGUUCACUUAGAGGAACUCCAGUUAUUUUUAAGGUUUUUCCGGGGCGACGAGCUGGUGGAACUGAGGCUGAUAUGAUGGCCGCAAAUGAGCUAAGUGCUCAUGUUUUCCUUCAGAGCAGUUCAAAAGGUGUCUGUCAGAACCUUGUGCUUCUUCUUGGUGGGUUUGAGACAAAAACUGGAGAGCAGUGGCUUGUUUUCCGUAACGAUGGGAAGUACAGUGCAGCAGAUUAUGCAAAGGUUACCAGUGAAAACAUGACAAAAAGCCGUUCCCUCGAACAGAACUAUUGGAAUCAUUUUGAUAAUGAGCAAGCAAUUAAACGCAGAAGCUUUUUUGUUAUGAAGCUGUUUCAGGGUGUGAUGAGUGGUCUGUCUUACAUGCAUGACCAUGAAAGAUUACACCAGAGUCUUGGACCAUCAUCUGUUGUUCUCAAUACAAUGACUGAGAGAGAUGCUGCUUACUUAGUUCCACAACUUCGGGAUCUAGCCUUUUCAGCUGAUAUUAGUUAUCCAUAUUUAGAAGAAGGUCCUGGAACAUUGUCAGAGGGACUCUGGAGAAGGGCGUCCACUGCUGGUGUCUUCACUCCCAUGGAGAAAAGAGCAUUUGGAAUAGCUGAUGACAUAUAUGAAGCAGGUCUUCUUUUUGCAUAUUUUGCUUUUGUUCCAUUUUGUGAAGCAGGCGCUAUGGACAGCCUUUCUUUGCAAAGGCUCUUGGAGAGCACUUUCCGACUUGAUCUAGAAGCUACAAGAGAGUAUUGUCUAGCAGAUGACCGCUUACUCGAAGCUGUCAAGUUUCUUGAUCUUGGUGAUCGUGCUGGUUGGGAAUUACUUCAGGCAAUGCUGAAUCCUGACUUUAGAAAGCGGCCAAUUGCUGAAACUAUUCUCAAGCAUCGAUUUGUCACUGGCGCUGUUCUUUAAGUCAUAGGCUUAGAGCAACUUGUUUUGUAAAAAUAAUAAAAUUCACUGUAAUCUAGUGUUCAAUUAAUUGAAAGGAAAUUCUUUAA